AUGGACCGCCACCCGCCCGGCUACAGCCUGCCGCCGUACGACGACGAGCUCGACUCGCCCACCGGCCAUGGCGCCGCCGCCGUUAGACUGUUGACAUCCGUCGAGGAGCCCGUCGACAGAGACAGACCGUACGUAGCACAGCCGUCGCCAUUGGCAACACCAGCAUUCCUUAAUACUAGCAUGUCGUCCCCGUCCGUCUCGAGGCUGUCUUUGCACCCCAAGGACGCUUCGAAACACCACGGACCGCAUCGCGAACCAGAGACGUCCACCAUGGCUUUCGACGAGUGUCCAGCCGCCGCCUCGAGCGUCGAGUCCAGCCAAGGGCCGGAGAUGCAAGCAGCAACCACGGCGGAUGAUUCUCUUCCUCAGCCUCCUCUUCCCUCCACUCCUUCAGCUUGUCAUCAUCCCCUGCCCAAUCUUGACUCUGUUGUCCCCCCUCCCCUCUACAUCAAACAGCUUCGCCCAACCACCACUGCAAAGUUGCACAGUCCCGCGAGUUCAGCGCUCAACGGCUCCCCGAACCUCGCUGAGGCUUUACCAACCAUCCCGGAGGGACCAA